AUGGCGGCCUCCAUUGCUGAUUUAGGAAAAGAGAAUCCUAAAUAUAAGAAUUCGUUAGAAGAAUGGCGGACAAAAAAUUAUAAAAAACAACAAAAACAUAAAGCCUCCCACUGUCGCCAAUGUAAUAACAAAUCUCUUUUUUACCAUUACAUUUAUGACAAAAGAACUAAAAAAAUUGAGCAAACUUCUAGCAACGCCACUGACCCUGAAAAUCAAUUAGUUUUCUGUAAUCAAGACUCAACAACAACAAACCGAAGAAGAAUUAAAGCGAAAGAAAAAGAAGCCCAAGAAGCAGCGGGCCAACUAUUUGAUAAUUUAAUAGCGGAUAUCCAGGCGGGAAAAGAUAUUAGUAGGAGAAAUAAACCUAAUUCAGAUACUGCUAAUAAUGACUUGGACGAAAAAACUAAUGACCCAGCCGACCAUCAUCAUUCACCAACCACCCCCAGCGGACCAACUAAUAAUCCAGAAGAUAAUUCGGGAAAUGGUGAUGAUUCAUCUCCAACUUCCCCUCCAUCCAACGGAGAUUCUCCCACCUCCUCUUUUACUCCCAACAAACCUACCGGUAAUGACCAAGAAGAAAAAUGUGGCAUUUGCGACCAAACUUUCACGGAUGCUGAAGAACAUGGCCGGGAAAAUCCCCAAUGCCAAGCCUUUUGCGAGGCCUGUGAAAAAAUAUUGAACCAGGGACAGACAGUCGAUUAUUCAUCAGUGGCCACUUCUGAACGUGUGGAUAUUGACAAUCUUGUUUUACCAAUCGAAGCCAAAGAGAACUUAAAAGAAUUACGGAAGCAAUUGGGGUUGUACCAGGACACAACAAGAGAUAAUCCUGAUGAGGAAAAAAGUUCAGGCGGAUUGAAUACUCAAGGCAAAAUAGGAGUCAGCAUUCUAUCGGUAGGAGUCUGUCAUUUACCGGCUAAUUCUUGGGGAAUAGUUUUUAUUAGUUUGUAUCCAACUGAGUUAGUUAUUAAGAAAAAAGAGAUCGAAACUUCUUCUGGUGAUGAUUCGGAAGAGAUAGACCAAGAGUUAAAAGAAUUAGAAAGCUCAGAAGAUAAGCCCUUAAUCGUUUAUCGAGGGAUUUUGGAACCCAAUGGCGAAAACGACCAAGAAAGAUUUUAUCGCUGCCGAUUAAAAAGAAAAAAAGAGGAAGAACCAAAGCCAGAAGGCAAAAGUUCUGGUUGA